AUGGCUUAUCCUCUCUCUACAAACUCUCGCUGGAUCAUCAACGAAAAAGGACAAAGAGUGAAACUGGCGUGUGUGAAUUGGCCAGCGCAUCUGCAGCUCGUGGUGGCGGAAGGGCUGAGCAAGCAACCGCUUGAUGCCGUUUCCAAGAAGAUAAUGGCAAUGGGUUUCAAUUGUGUUAGGUUAACUUGGCCACUAGAUUUGGCUACAAAUGAGACAUUGGCUACUGAUGUUACUGUGAAGCAAUCUUUUCAGAGUCUUGGUCUUAGUGAUGACAUUGCUGCACAGCCGGAUGAUAAUAUUUGGUGGCUGGAAGCACAAGCUUCAUUGGCUUCCCUCCAAGACCGGCUCUGCAUUGCUGGUUUCCAAACCAAGAACCCAUCGAUGAUUGAUCUUCCACUCAUUGAAGCUUACAAGAGCGUGGUGACUACGUUGGGAAAACACAAUUUGAUGGUGGUAUUAGACAACCACUUGACCAAGCCAGGGUGGUGCUGCCGCUUCAACGACAGCAACUUCUUUGGCAAUACUUUCUUUGAACCUGGCUCGUGGAUCGCCGGUCUGACUAAGAUAGCCACACUCUUCAAAGAUGCCUCCAAUGUGGUUGGUAUGAGCCUCAGAAACGAACUUAGAGGACCUAGACAAAACGUCGACGAUUGGUUCAAGUACGUACAUUUGUAUAACUAA